AUGUUAUUAACGUCCUCCCAAGUUUCGGUGGCAGUUUCGUCGACCAUUGUGAUUCUGUGCACUUCGGCCCUUUUCUUCAGCGGAUAUGUGCUCCAGCAGCGGACGCUCAAUGAGUUGCGCCAGUCCCUUAAGGAGCCUCCACCGACGCCUCCCAAGAUCUUUCUUCCGGAUCGUUUCAAGAAGAUGACGACAGAGCUGGAAGACGGAACAAUCGUGAUCCUCGACGAUGACGACGACGACACCACUGGUGUUGGGGGAGAUGCGCCGACAGAGGUCGUGGUCCAGGCGAGUAUUUCGGUGGCGGAGGACAACCGGAGACAAGAACAGGUCCAACUGUCAGGAGAGACGACAAGAAAGGAGGAGACGAGCCAGGAGGACAGCCAGGGCAACAUCGACCAUGAGCAGGAGGUAACAAAGCUCGAGACGUCUGAACAUCCGAAGAAGCCCGUCAGCAAAGCAGAGCGGCGACGACUCAUCAAGGAGGAGAUCAGGCGGCUAUCCCACUACGAAAAACCAAUGCUCUACCAACGUCGGCUAUACUAA